AUGUUUGAUGUCCGAGUAGUUGACUCUGAUUCCCCCUCUUAUAUCAGUGCUAACAGGACCCCUCAAGCUGUCUUAGCUACUGCAGAGAAUGAUAAGAAAACAAAAUAUGUUGCAGCUUUAUUUUUUUACCUGGGGCCCCAGGUUUUUAUAAUUUUUGGGCAGCAAUGUAGUGCCGACUCCACAUGGCGCUGCCUGGGAUCAGUAGUGGCUACUACUGCUAGUGAUGCUAAGAGCACUAAAUACAAGAAGAAUAUAACAAUACUAAAAAAGGACAUACUCAAGCUGGUCUCCCCAUUUGGUUCAGUCGAGUUGCUAUGGCAACGAUUGGUUGCAGUUUCUCCUGGUAAACUUCCUGUUGAAGUUGCUAGGAAACUCGGGAAACAGCUGACAGGGACAACAACUAAUUUCUAUGUUGUUAUGGAGACAGAGGAGUCUGCUAGUGCUUGUUUGGAGUUGAACGGACGAGAGGUUGAUGGGAGACAUAUUAGGUGUACCUUUGGGGCCAAUGAAGAGAAACUGAGAAAAGAACAAUUGGUUGAAGUGAAAAGAGAAAAAGAAGAACAAAUCACAAAAUUAGAUGAAGAUGUUGCUCACUGCAAGGAUCAGUUACAAGAACUUAAAGCUCGCACCGGACUACUUAAUAAAUACAUUAAAAAACAAUCAGACGUCAAAGUUCAGUGCAGUCAGAGACAGCAACAGAAUAAAGAGUCUGACCUUUAUAACGAGAGGGAGAGACUCAAACAAGAACUAGCAGAAGAGAAGAGAGCACAUGCUGAGAUUGAAAACUACCUCAAGAAACACAUUGAAGAUCUUGAUGGUAAGGUUGAGUACUGGAUGUCAAAGUAUGAAGAAGACUUGGAAAUGAAGACAAUUGAAUAUAAGGAGAGGGAGGAGGUUGUGAUUGAGCACAGAGCAAUGAAGGAGAGACAAAGAAUCAAAGAACAAGAGAAGAAAGAAAAUACGACAGCAACCAAAAUACAGGCCUGGUGGAGAGGUAUGAUGGUUAGGAAGGGACUGGGUCCAUUUAAGAAAGGGAGUAAGAAGAAAGGAAAGAAAGGGAAGAAAGGAAAGUCAAAGAAAAAAUAAAAACAACAACA